ACUUCAAAUAAGACAUUCAUUUUCUAUGGUAACAUACUUACAUCGUUGCAGUCUUUCGUAUGGCAACAAGGAUGAAGAUGUUAAAAUCUUUAGGAAUUUUUCUCAGCGUAACAACUUUCGCGUUCGCGGACGUUGCAUCAGAGUUUAAAACUGCAAAUAUUCAACCUGAUAUAUUGCAAAGCGUUCCUACCGAGAAAAUCGAGGUCAAGUAUGGUAAAAACGUAGUUGAUCUGGGAACCGAAUUGACGCCUACUCAAACGCAAGAGAUUCCUGAAAUUCAUUAUAAACAUGAUGGAGGUGUUCUUUAUACGCUUAUUAUGACAGAUCCUGAUAUUCCAACAAGAGGAUACAACCGAGAGUUCCGUCAUUGGAUAGUUGGAAACAUACCUGAAGAAAAUGUUGCUAAAGGUGAAAUUAUUGCUGAAUACGUAGGACCAGCUCCACCCAAAGAUACUGGAAAGCAUCGUUACGUUUUUCUUCUGUAUAAACAAAAUCAAGGGGCUAUUACCUUUGACGAGAGAAGAUUGAGUAAUCGGGAUGGCAGAUUCCGUAGUCGAUUUUCAACGAAGAAGUUCGUGGAAAAAUAUAGUUUGGAGGGACCAAUAGCAGGGAACUUCAUGAAAGUUGAAUACGACGAUAACGUACCUUCUUAUCAUAAACGUUUAGGAUUAUAAAGUUUUCAUAUUUUAUACUGUGAGUUAUCUCAUAUCUCGUCUUCUAUUGUCUUCUCUUUUUUCUUAUAUGAAAAGUAUAAUAAUAAUAAUAAUAAUAAUAAAAGUAAUAAUAAUAAUAAUAAUAAUAGUAAUAAUAAUAAUAAUAAUAAUUGAAAUAA